UUGAUCACAAAGGGCGACAAAUGGCGCAGACAUAGAAAAGCAAUUGCCCCCUCAUUUCACAUGAAUAUUUUGAAGACGUUUGUACCUUUAUUUUACGAGAACAGCGUAGACCUCGUCAAUCGGCUUCGCGAAAAAGUUGGAAAGGAAUUUGAUUGUCACGAUUAUCUAUCAGCCGUAACAGUUGACAUUUUAACGGAAACAGCGAUGGGUGUUGGAAAGGAGAAAAGGAAGAAAACUGGAUAUGACUAUGCCAUGGCUGUGAUGAAAUUGAGCGAUAUCAUACAUCGAAGACAUUACGAUUUGUCAUUACGAUAUGACGCAUUUUUCAAAUUUACGAA